CAAACUCUAGACGUCUAUCUAUACAUAAUCCCCGCCAUAAAUCAUCUCAAAAUUUCAGUUUUUUCAAUAGUUUUAAUCCCAUUUCGAUAUGGAUCCCUUAGAUCCAUACGCUGCCAGAAACUCUCCACCGCCGAGUGCCCCGUGGGCCUUUGACCAACCACCGCCAACAGGCAUACCAGUUUCACCUCCUAACUAUAACUAUUUUGACAAUUACCAAAUACCUCCACCACGAUCACCACCACCGCCACCGCCACCGCCACCGUUACCUCAAGCUCAUGUUAGCACUCCAGGGAAGUGGUCUACUGGUCUCUGUGGUUGCUGCUCCGAUAUUCCAAACUGUUGUAUAACAUGUUGGUGUCCGUGCAUAACAUUCGGUCAGAUUGCUGAGAUUGUAGACAAAGGAUCUACUUCCUGUGGAGUAGGUGGAGUACUUUACACUCUUAUAGCCCUUACGGGAUGUGCGUGCUUAUAUUCUUGCUUCUAUCGUUCAAAGUUGAGAAGGCAAUACAUGCUGCCGGAGACUCCAUGUGCAGAUUGUUGUGUUCAUUUUUGUUGUGAAUGUUGUGCCUUGUGCCAAGAGCAUCGUGAGCUUAAAAAUCGCGGAUUUGAUAUGUCUAUUGGUACUUAAUAAACUUUUCUUUCCUCUCUAAAAUUUUGCCACAGACAUCAUACUAUUGGAUGACUAUGC